CCCGACUCGUGUAACCGCAGGCUGACCCGGCAGGCACAAAUAAAGAUUGGCUGUCACCCCGCGUCCGCGUUUGAGUCUGGCCUCUGCUGCUUCUUUCUGAGCUCGACUGCGCCUGUGUCUGUCGAUCAUUUCCAUUUCCCAGCAUAUCGAGGACGGCGACCGUUGGGCAAGCCGCCACACAAUCGUCAGCAUGUCGGAGCAGAAAGUGUCCACGCGGGACAAGGUCCGCACCUUCUUCCUCGGUGCGGAGGCCACGACCAACGAGGAACGCAAGCUCGUGCAGAAGAUUGACUUCUUCAUCAUGACCUACUGCUGCUUGGCCUACUUCUUCAACUUUCUCGAUCGUGCUGCCUUUGCCAAUGCAUACGUUGCUGGUCUCCGUGAAUCUCUCGCCAUGGGCGGACACGACUACAACACUGUCCUCUCCGUCACGACUGCUGGUAUGGCCAUCAGCCAAAUCCCCCACGGCCUCAUCAUCCAGAAGAUCAAGCCUCGCAUCUGGCUCCCAACCAUGGUUGUCGUCUGGGGCUGCCUCACGAUCGCCAGCGCCUCGGUCAAGUCAUUGACCCAGAUCUGCGUGAUUCGCUUCUUCCUGGGUUUUGCCGAAGGCAGCACGUACGCAGGCACGAUCUACAUCAUGGGCUCGUGGUACACUCCGACCGAGAUCGCCAAGCGCACUGGCCUCUUCUCAGCUGCCGGGCAGAUCGGGACCAUGUUUGCGGGCGUCAUGAUGACGGCCAUCUACACGACUAUGGGGGGCCUUGGUGGCCUACGCGGCUGGCAGUGGGUGUUUAUCAUCGACGGCAUCAUCACCCUCCCCGUUGCCGUGUUUGGCUUCAUCUUCCUGCCAGACAUCCCCGAAAACACCAAGGCACGGUACCUGAGCGAGGCCGAGAAGAAGCUCGCCGUGGCCCGUGUGCCGGCGGUCAAGGCAGGCGGCCACAGCAUCAACCCCGUUUCCCUGGCCAAGCGGCUCGUUCUUACGCCGAUGUUCUGGAUCCUGAUCUUCUGGUCCCCGGUGUGCCAGACGCUCGAGGCGUACGCGGUGCAGGGCAACUUCCUCAUCUGGCUCAAGUACAACUCGGCGUCCUUCACGCAGGCGCAGAUCAACACGUACCCGCUGGGCGUGCAGGCGACGGGCAUCGUCUUCACCAUGCUGGCGGCGUGGCACAUGGACGCGACGGGUCAGCGCAUCCCCAUGGCCGUCCUCGCCGUGCUGCUCCAGCUCGUCUCGGCCGCGAUGCUGCUCGUGCCCAACCUACCCUUUGCGGGCACCUUCUUCGCCUUCUACCUCUCUGGGUCCGCGUACAUGGUCCAGCCGCUCAUCUUUGGCUGGGCCACCAUCAUCCUCCAGCGCACGGGCGACGACGCCGUCCGCAGCGUCACCGUGUACUGCAUGAACGUGCUCAGCAUGGCCAUGUACACCUUCUGGGGCAUCGUUUUCUACCCGGCCGACCAGGCGCCGUACUGGAAGACGGGCGGCAUCGUCAUGGUCGUCGCCUGCUUCGUCAUGCUGGGUUACAUGUGGGUCAUGUGGAAGCUCGACAAGUACACGCUGCAGAAGUACGGCAGCGGCACGGCUGGCGACGCCGAGGCCGAGGCUGCUCGUCAGGACAGCCCCGACAGCGACAGGGCCGAUAGUGUCAGUGAUGGCGAAAAGCGUGUCGGGGGAUCCGAGGUGGUUACAACUGUGAAGGCUUAGAUCACGUUCUACAAACGCGGGGCGCGUCUUUCGGCACUCGUGUCGUGGACAGAUGAUUCUUAGUGGAGUUACUUGAAAGCAAGACUAUAGAUUGUACAGAAUGAGAACAGAAGGAUUCAUGUCGAA